AUGGCUGACGAAGGCGGGUUAGCAAAUCAUUACCAAGUGCUAGAGGAGCUUGGGAGUGGAAGUUUUGGAACGGUGUAUAAAGCUAUCGAGAAAAGCACCGGUGAAAUCGUUGCCAUCAAGCAUAUCGAUCUUGAAUCGAGCGAUGACGAUAUCCACGAAAUCCAGCAGGAAAUUUCGGUGUUAGCGACGUGUGCGAGUCCGUAUGUCACGCAGUACAAGACAAGUUUUCUUAGGGGACAUAAGUUAUGGAUUGUUAUGGAAUUUUUAGGUGGUGGCUCUUGUCUUGACUUGCUGAAACCGGGGUCGUUUAACGAAGCGCAUAUUGCCAUUGUCUGUCAUCAACUUCUUUUAGGACUCGACUACCUCCAUCAGGAAGGAAAAAUACACCGUGACAUAAAGGCCGCAAACGUUUUACUAGCACAAACCGGAAAGGUCAAACUGGCGGAUUUCGGAGUCGCAGCCCAGCUUUCAAAUAUCAAAUCGCAACGAAAUACACUUGUCGGUACACCCUUCUGGAUGGCACCAGAGGUUAUUCAGCAAGCAGGGUAUGAUUUCAAGGCAGAUAUUUGGUCCCUGGGUAUCACUGCUAUGGAAAUGGUCAACGGAGAGCCACCGCACGCGGAUACCCAUCCAAUGAAAGUCCUCUUCCUUAUUCCGAAAGCUCCUGCACCAAGAUUAGAAGGAAACACUUAUAGCGCGAAUUUUAAGGACUUCAUUGCCCAGUGCCUGAUCAAAGACCCGGAUCGACGACCAACCGCGAAAGAGCUACUGAGACAUAAGUUCAUUCGAGGAGCCGGAAAAACGGAGGCUCUGCAGGAGCUAAUUCAACGGCGCCAGGAAUGGGAUGCAACUAAAGGGGCUUCUAGCAACAUUAAAUAUUAUGCCGAGUCAUUAAAUACUUUGACACAGUGUAAUGACGACGAUGGCUGGGUAUUCGAUACAGUGAAACCUGGCACAAUUGCAUCCGCCAAAAACGCUCAGAAACGAUUACGGUCGGCUUCAUACUCCCUGGCAGACGUGGACGAGGCCGCAGAAUUGAUGGACAACCUCGAUAUAACGGAUACGAUGUCGGAAACGAGAUCCACAGCACACUCCACCGUUCGACGUCUCCCUGCUCCAGAACUUCCGCCUUCAGUAAGGCGGGCCAAGAGCAAGCGAAAGUCGAGUGGUGCAAAACAGCCCUUAGGUGUUGACCUCAGCUUUGGGAACAGUCCGUCUACAGUGAGGCAGUUCCGCCGCGUCUCCGAUAGGAACGACUCCGAAAACGAAAAUCCAGGGUAUAUUUCAAGUAUGGAUGAGAAUUAUCCGCCUAAAACCCUCUUCUCUUCUGAGCCACAAAGUAAAGAAAGUGUGCUUGGAAAACGCAUGUAUAGCGUUGGAAUUGGCCUUGCUUGCCAGGAGGCUUUGGCAAAUACAUGGGAUCAGGGGAAGAGGGAGGCACUCUCCCGGCUUGCGGAAGCGUGGAGCGAACUUGAAAUGCUCGACCCGGAGGGCGUAUACCAAAUAAUCAAGUCUUCUUAUGAGAAGCUCGUAGCUGACCCUAAAGUUGCAACAGUCCUCUCUAAAGCAACUCCCGCUGACUCCCCACAGAGACCGAAACUCAUGCUAGCUCAAAAUAACCCUCAUCUUAAGAGUCACAAGAGACGCCAGUCGGCCCAGCUCACAUCUGAACAGCAUUUUGGAAAUUCCAAACUUCCCAACCAAUGUAUCCCCGGCAUGGAACAUACUAAACAGCUGGCUGAUGUCCUGUAUGGCCGCUGGAGCGAAGGCUUGCGAAACCGAUGGGCUGCUUCAUAA